CAGGCGGCACCGGAAGUGGCAGGCCGGGAUCAGCCUUUAAGAUGGCGUCUCCUCAGGGGGGCCAGAUUGCGAUCGCGAUGAGGCUUCGGAACCAGCUCCAGUCAGUGUACAAGAUGGACCCGCUACGGAACGAGGAGGAGGUCCGAGUAAAGAUCAAAGACCUGAAUGAACACAUCGUCUGCUGUCUGUGCGCCGGCUACUUCGUGGAUGCCACCACCAUCACAGAGUGUCUUCAUACUUUCUGCAAGAGUUGUAUUGUGAAGUAUCUCCAAACCAGUAAGUACUGCCCCAUGUGCAACAUCAAGAUCCACGAGACACAGCCACUGCUCAACCUCAAACUGGACCGGGUCAUGCAGGACAUCGUGUACAAGCUAGUGCCUGGCUUACAAGACAGUGAAGAGAAACGGAUUCGAGAAUUCUACCAGUCCCGAGGCUUGGACCGGGUCACCCAGCCCAGUGGGGAAGAGCCAGCCCUGAGCAACCUCGGCCUCCCUUUCAGCAGCUUCGACCACUCUAAAGCCCACUACUAUCGAUAUGAUGAGCAGCUGAGUCUAUGCCUGGAGCGCCUGAGUUCUGGGAAGGACAAGAAUAAAAGCAUCCUGCAGAACAAAUAUGUUCGAUGUUCUGUUAGAGCUGAAGUUCGUCAUCUCCGAAGGGUCCUAUGUCACCGCUUAAUGCUAAAUCCCCAGCAUGUACAGCUCCUUUUUGACAAUGAAGUUCUCCCAGAUCACAUGACCAUGAAGCAGAUAUGGCUCUCCCGCUGGUUCGGCAAGCCAUCCCCUUUGCUUUUACAAUACAGUGUGAAAGAGAAGAGGAGGUAGGGGCCAAGCCCCCACCACAUCCCUGUCCCUUUCCCUCCCCAGAUAUUUAUGUGAAAUUAACUGCGGCUUUAUUUUUUGAAAUAAAAACUUUAAAAAAGCA